AUGGUCGAACUCAACGGAAACUCCGUCCCAGCCUCUGAUUCCCAUGCAGGGAAGCAGGUCGAUGAGAUCGCCGUCUCCCCUACAGCCCCUGACCAGGUGGCCAAUCUCGCAAAGUCCAUUGGCUCCUUGAGCAAGGCCUUUACGGCGGGAGAAGCUGGAGCUCGCCUUCAGCUCCUGGAAGCUGCUGAUUCCCUCCUUUCUGCCUUGGAGACCCCUCGUGAAACCAUUCUCCGCUACUGCUGGCGCAACCCUACUGCGUUCGCAGCCAUCGAGACGGGCAUCAACCUCGGCAUCUUCCGCCAUCUCUCCAGCCAUGACCGUCCAGUCCCCAUUACAGAGCUGGCCACGGCCACCGGGGCAGACAUCCUCACCCUAACCACCACAGAACGCAUCAUGAAACACCUCAACGCCGUCCAUGCCGUGACCGAAACCGGCCGAGACGAAUACACGAGCAACAACUUUACCCGCACCGUCGCCAACACCCGCUACGCCGAUGCCUUUCCCACGAUAGCAGGAACCACUUCCCCCGCCAUCGCCGCCAUCCCCGCCUUCCUCCGCCAAACCCACUACCAAAACCCCACCAACGGCCUCGCCUCUCCCUUCCAACAAGGCUUCCACACCAAAGACUCCUUUUUCGAAUUCCUCGCUCGAGACCCUAUCCUCAGCGCCCAAUUCAACAACCUCAUGUCGGUUUACCACCAAGGUCGCGCCAGCUGGAUGGAUCCAGGCUUUUACCCCGUCGACCGUCUCCUCACCCCCACCCCCACCGACACCGAUCCCAACAUCCUCCUCGUCGAUGUCGGCGGCGGCAAAGGUCACGACCUGAACGAGUUCCGCACCAAAUGGCCCGCUGCCCGGGGGCGAUUGAUCCUGCAGGACCAGCCGGCUGUACUAGCCGAAGCUACCGGCCUGCACGAGUCGAUCGAACGCAUGCCGCAUGAUUUCUUCACGGAGCAGCCGUGCAAAGGCUCCCGCGCCUACUUCCUCCACUCCGUCCUGCACGACUGGCCCGACGACACAUGUCUCAAGAUCCUAGCCCCAUUACGCGCCGCCAUGACACCCGGCUACAGUCGACUACUCAUCAACGAGAACGUCAUACCAGAUCGGGGAGCGCAUUGGCAAGCCACGGGACUGGACUGGGUCAUGAUGGGGGAUUUUGCGGGAGCGGAGCGCACGGAGGCCCAGUGGCGGGGUUUGCUGAGUAGAGCUGGGUUCCGGAUUUUGAAGAUUUGGGUCGGGGAUGCGUGGUCGGAGAGUUUGAUUGAGUGUGAGGUGGAUGCGUAA